AUGGCAAAGAGUAUUAACAACAAGUUUAAAAACUUGGACUUUAUUCCUACCAUAUCGGAUAGUGAAACCGAAGAUAUUCCGGAUCUUGAUGAAGAAGAUGAGGUUUCUAAGAAUACCGAGGAAAAAGCAAAAGUUAUCGAAGCAGAAAGUACAUCCCUGUCUGGGAGUAAUAGCAAGAAAGGUAAAUCAAAUACUUCUACUAAAGAUGAUGAAAAUAUGAUGAAUCCGGAUUUUGUCUUUGAUAUGGGAGACGAUUUAGAUACAGAAGGUUUUCAGGGUUGGAAUUUUACUGCAGAAGAAAAAGAAGAAUCAUUUCAAAAGAGAAAGGAUGUCGACUUAGAUGGAAUUAUAAAAAGAAAAGGUGGAUUAAGUGGAAAAUUGCAAAUCAGUGAUGAGCCUGAUAAAGAAAGUAAAGAUGCUAACGAUGACAAUAUUGAAAAAAAUAGUUCUGGUAAGGAUAUAGAGGAAAACAAAGGUGCUACUACAAAUUCAUCUCUGUCUGAUGAUGAUGGUGGUAAUGAUGAUGAUGAUGAUGAUAAUGAUGAUGAUGAUGAUGAUGAUGAUGAUAAUGAUGAUGAUGAACUUGCACUUGAUGGCUUUGGAAUGGGUGUUGGUGAAAAGGUUUCAAAUAAUGAUACAGUUGAUAAGUCAGGUAAGGAAGAUAUUACCGUCAAGAAUGAUUUUAUAAAAGAAAAGUUAGAUGAUAUCGAUACAAAGAUAGAUUCGAAGAACCAAUCACAAAAUGACGAUGAUAGUAAAUCGGAGGGUGUUGAGGAAAAUGAAGAUGAAGAUGAAGAUGAGGAGGAAAAACAAGUAGAUUCCGCAGAAGCCAUCGAAAGAUUCUACGACAAUAAAGUUGGUGAAGAAGCAAAGAAGUCACUCUUCAAAGAUUUUCAAUCUCUAAAUUUAUCAAGGCCUGUUCUUAAGGGUUUGUCUACGCUUGGAUACACACGGCCAACCCCAGUUCAGAGUGCAGCAAUUCCUAUUGCAUUAAUGGGUAAGGAUGUUGUUGCCGGUGCCCAAACCGGUUCUGGUAAAACGGCUGCAUAUUUGAUUCCUAUAAUAGAAAGACUUCUUUAUAAGCCGGCACAUGUUGCAUCUACCAGAGUGGUCAUUAUGGCUCCGACAAGAGAAUUAGCAAUUCAGGUUGCGGACGUCGCAAGGAGAAUAUCGCAAUUUGUUAGUGGAAUUACCAUUGGAAUGGCAGUUGGUGGUUUAAGUCUUAGGAAGCAAGAAUUAGAGCUUAAGAAGAGACCGGAUAUUGUCAUUGCCACACCUGGUCGUUUUAUUGAUCAUGUGAGAAAUUCACCCUCUUUUAGUGUUGAUAAUGUCGAAAUUAUGGUUUUGGAUGAAGCAGAUCGUAUGUUGGAAGAAGGAUUUCACGCUGAAAUUACAGAGAUUCUUCAACUCCUUCCUCAAAAGAGACAAACUAUGUUGUUUUCAGCCACCAUGAACUCUAACAUCAGUGAUUUAAUUCAGCUUUCACUUCAAAAGCCUGCCAGAAUCAUGAUUGACCCUCCUAAGGCUGCUGCUUCUGGUUUGCUUCAGGAGUUUGUGAGAAUUAGAAAGAGAGAUGGGCUCAAAUCUGCCCUAUUAUAUGAUGUCCUUGCCAAAUUGGAUUCUAACAAUCAAAGCAGAAUUAUUGUUUUUGUGGCAACAAAAACUCUGGCACAUAGACUUCGUAUUGUUAUGGGACUCUUGGGUCUUAAAGUCUCGGAAUUACAUGGUGCUUUGUCUCAAGAACAGCGUUUGGAUAGUAUAACAGCAUUUAAAAAGUUGACGGUGCCAAUUCUUAUUUGCACUGACUUGGCAUCCAGAGGGUUGGAUAUUCCAAAGAUCGAAGUUGUUAUUAAUUAUGAUAUGCCAAAGAAUCAUGAGAUAUAUUUACAUAGAGUUGGUAGAACCGCUAGAGCUGGAAGAGAUGGUAAGUCUAUAUCAUUUGUGGGAGAAAGUAAGAGAGAACGUCAUAUUGUUAAAGAGUCGAUCAAGCAGAUUGAAAGUUCACACACUGGAAAAGCUGUGAGUAGGAAAGUUGAUUGGGCUGAAGUUUCAAAGAUAAACUCUAUCAUAGAAACAAAAAAGGAUGAUGUUGAUGAUGUUUUAAGUGAAGAAAAGGCCGAGAAGGAGUUAUUGCAGGCCGAAAUGGAAUUGAAGAAGGGUGAGAAUAUGCUGAAAUAUAAGGAUGAAAUAGAGGCUCGUCCGAAAAGAACCUGGUUUCAGACUGAGCAAGAGAAAAAGCAUGACAAAGUUGUCUCUGCUCUUGGUAAAAUAAAGAAGGGUCCGAACUCCAGAAAGAGAAAGGUUGAGGAGACGGCGAACUUAGGUAAGGCAAGGAGCUACAAAAAAACAAGAAAGGACAGAAUGGACGAUCAAAGUGGUCGGCGUAAGAGAAAGGAAAUUACUGAGAAGAAACAUAAAAAGAGAGCACGCAUGGCUUACAAGAGAAAGCAGAAGCAGGCACAGAAUUAA